CUCCCAUCUGUGCUCCAUCGCCCCGUUACCUUGGUGUUUGCCUUCAGUCGUGUCUUUGCUACCAGAGGUGGAAGCUGAAGGUUCUCCAGGAACACAGCAGCCAUCACAAUCGGUGAGCGAGGAAGAUGAUCGGGGCCAUUCCCUCACUGAUGCUGGCGCUGAUGUCAUUGAGUGUGGCCGGCGCCUUCCGAUCCAUUCGCACCGAGCCGGAGGUGUCCAGGAACAUCCAUUUAAUGACAGUACUUCGUUUUGGCGCACUAGAUCAGAGUCCGUCACUGUCAGUGACGUCGGCGCCUUCCCGGGUGUUGACGCGGCGCGGCGGCAAUGCCAUCUUACCCUGCGCCAUCCAAAGGGACCGAUUGCUGGCACCCAAUCCAAAGAUGAGGAUCAAGUGGACCAAGCUGACCUCCGACUUCCUAACUGAAGUGGAUAUUUUGGCCGCCGUGGCUGACCACAAGAGAAGUUACGGGAGUUUUCACGGCCGUGCGCGCUUGAGAGGCUCCUCCCCCUCAGACGCCUCACUGGUCAUCGAUAACAUCACGCUGGAGGAUUACGGGAGGUACAAAUGCGAGGUCAUCGACGGCCUGGAAGAUGCCACGGCCAUCGUGUCGCUCGACCUGGAAGGCGUGGUGUUCCCGUACUCCCCCCGCCUGGGCCGGUACCGUCUCAACUUCCGGGACGCCGAAAGGGCUUGCCGAGAGCAGGACGCCGUGUUGGCAUCCCCGGAGCAGCUGCGCCAGGCCUGGCGAGGAGGCAUGGACUGGUGUAACGCCGGCUGGCUGAGCGACGGCUCGGUGCGCUACCCCGUUAACUCCCCCAGGGAGCCCUGCGGCGGCCGUCGCACAGCACCGGGUGUUCGUAGCUACGGAUUCCGGGACAAAGACAAGGACCGCUACGAUGUCUUCUGCUUCACGUCCCACUUUAAAGGUGAAUUGUACUUCCUGCCGCCCGGCGCCAAGCUGACGUACGGGGAAGCGGUAGAGGCGUGCCGGCGGGAUGGCGCCCGGCUGGCCAAGGUGGGCCACUUGUACGGUGCCUGGAAGCUGGCUAACUACGACCGCUGCGACGCCGGCUGGCUGGAGGACGGCAGCGUCCGCUACCCGGUGGCCAAGCCCCGCCCCCGAUGUAGCCCUACCGCCCGCGCCGUCCGCUUUAACGGCUUCCCUGACAAGAAGCACAAACUCUACGGCGCCUACUGCUACAGGGAGCGAGCCUGAAAAACAAUGACUACACAAAAAACAAACAGACACAAAAUGUAUACAUGCAGAGUUACAAAAUACCAACACUACAGAGGAAACACAAAAAGGCAUCCACGUGACCAACACCCAAAGAAAGCCCACAAAGCUGGAAAAACUAGGGUGAAAUGAAAAAAUCAUUGGUAAUCUAUACCCUCAGUUGACUAAUCGGUGGGUACAUGUUAAUAAAGUGGAAACAUAUAACUAGACUGUACCUACAGAAAAGUAAACUGGGUGCAGAUGACUAAUUUGUGGGUACAGUUUGGUAAUCUGUACCAUAGGCGGAGUUUGACUUUUGGGGCAGGGGGGGCACAACAUGUUGAUGACCCCGAAACGCAGUGUCAGCAAAAUAAAGUUAACUUACAAUAAUCUUUAUAAUAAGUUGACAAUGAGCGUUUUUUUUUGUUUCCGAUCAUUCUUGAGGGGAAUUCUAAAUCAGGCUGCCUAGGCAAUAAUUUUUGCCAAGAUUGUCAUCCAUUGAAUAUGGUACACCCACCGGUGUUUUGCCAAUGUAGUUACACCAGUCAAAAAUCGUAUCCACUGGGCGGAACCAUAUGGAGGUAGAUUUGUGUCUUUAUUAUUCAAUGUUUUAAAAAAAGUUGCUUCAAUUAAAAAUAUAAACAGUUUUUUCAAUUAAAAUCUAUAUUUUCAAUAAAAAAAAGUCGCUUCAAUCAAAAAUAAAAGUGUUUGAAAUAAAAAAUAAAUUUAAAACUUAAAAAAAAAUGCAUGUGAAAGCUAUUUUUCCUCUUAUUGAAUUUUUUUUUGAUUGAUUGAAGCAAUUUUUUUGAC